AUGUACACUGAUCAAUCAUUUUUCAAUUACCAGAAAAUGGUUAUUCACAACAACUUUAGGGAGUUCAAUCUUUAUGCUAACGUUCGUCCUUGUCGAUCUCUUGAGGGUCACAAAACCCUUUAUGACAAUGUUGACGUGGUAACCAUUCGCGAGAACACGGAAGGAGAGUAUUCUGGAAUUGAACACGAGGUUUGUCUUCCAAGCAUUAUUUGCUGUAUUCUGCUGUAA